UUCACCAAAAAUUGUUAAUAAUUGCCGAAAUAUGCCAUAUUUCCUAGAACAUGUGGAGGCAUUAAAAAAAUACACAGAGAAUAAUUUUCCAAGACAUAUAGUUAAUUUACUAAAAUAUUAUAGAAGGUCAUAUAAAUUUAUUGAAGAAAAUAGUGACUUUCGAUUGUUAACUUUGUUAAGUGAGAAAAUAAAAGGGAUAGAAGAUGGUGUUCUUUUUGAUAUGGAAACUGAAAGAGUUAAGGAUAAAAGAAAUGGCGAAGUAGAGAUAAAUAAGGGAAAUUUUAAAGAAGAGAUAAGUAUAGAUAAAUAUAGUGAUCUGACAGAAUCGAAGAAUGAUAGUUUAUCCAAAAAUAUUGUUGAAUUAAGUCAUAAUAAAAUAGAAAAAGGAAAGGGAAAAGCAAAAAGAAAAGCGAAAGGAAAAGGAAAGGAAAAAAUGGAAGUUGAUCAGAUGGUAGAUAGUCAACAAAAAUUAUUUAGUGAGCACAAAAAAGAUCCAAGUAUUGAGUUGGUUCAAAAGAACUUGGAGAUUGGCAAUAAAUCAGAGACUGCUCAAUUAAAUAAAAAUAAUGCAUCGAAUAUUCGAAGUUUACCUAAGGAAGAGGAAUGGCAGGAAAUUAAAAGUAAAAGGAAUAAAAAAGGAAAAAACCAAAAUAAAAAAAUAAUUUUCGAGGAAAAAAUAGAGGAGUUCAUAGAAAGUUCGAAAGAUUCCGUUGUAACAAAUUAUUCUACUUUAGUAGCUGACAAUGAAAUAAAUAAGGUUAUUAAUCCAGUACUUGAAAAAACAAAAUCAGCGUCAGAGGAUGAAAAAGUUUGGAUAUUUUUUAAUAAUAUUAUAAAGUUUAACUCAUUUUAUCCUUAA